AUGCCAUCAAAUAAGGCCUUCCCAUACGAAUCAAGAGACAAAUCUCAGCUAUUAAGUGAAUGCAUAUCGCGUGGCCUCAGUACGACCGGCGAGUCCCUUCAUUUGAUAAAGCGCCUGGUUGAAGAUGACAAGACAAAGUAUGACAACGAGAAGGCGGAGAAGGUAAGGGACGGAAUGGUUUUCAAUCAAGUCACCGACCCGACUGGGGAGAUGGAAAUUGAGCAAGUUAAGGAAGACACCAAGCACGAGUCCCGGUGUAUAACCUCUGUAUGCAAAGCCGAUCUCGAUGCGCUGGAAAAGGAAAGCGAGCGCAUCAAGCGUAGGAUCAUGAAGCAAACCACUGCGAUGAAAACCAAACUCGAUUCUGUACUUGAAGCAGAGAUGGGUACCCUUGCUAUAAUUUCGAUGAGAAUCAGCCACCGAGAGGAGAAUGCGCGCAAAGCAGCGGCCACAGCUUUGGCUAGAGCCAAAAAGGACGAGGAGGCCCGCAAUGCAGUCUUUACAGCUGCGAAGGACCAGGGAGUUGAUAUGCCAGAGUAUGAAACCAGUCUCUCUGGAAGCAACAUCGCAAAGGAAGAGGGAUCAGUGGCCGAGCCAACUGUUCUCACGGCGAGCGACGAGGAGGGCAACGAGAUGGAGGCGCUCGAAAAGAGUAAGCGACCUGGCUUGGAUACCACCAAGAGUGCUCCCAAGAAACCCCGCCUCGAUCAGCAACCAUCAGCCACAGUUGCAGUGGAGAAGAAGUUCACCAUCGAAGAGCUUAAGGAGCCCCUUGAGAAGUGCUUGAAAAGAUUCGAUCGAAGUUUCGUCAAGGUUGAAAGCUGGGGCAACAACAAGAGUCUUGAGAUGCUUGAGGCCAUCGCGGGCUGGGCCGAGGUAUACAAGCCAGACGCCGUGCGCUGCGAUGGUCGAGCAUACUUUGUCAUCUUCGACUUUCUCCUGGAUGAAAAUCUCAGAGACCCUCACAACAGCUCGCCGCGCGACUCGUGCUUUCUGCUCCUUGGGGGCUUCACUAAACGAAAAGAUGGAGUCUUCGGACAGGUCGACGUCGUCUCAAGCGUUUAUCAUGGGAAAAGCGCGGGUGAUUGCUACACGCGUACUGCUUUCCAGCUUGUGGAUAGGGAUCUUCAACAUGGUGGAUUGUAA